AUGAAACAAUUAACAUUACUUGAUAUAGGUUACAAUCAAAUUGGUGUAGAAGGAGCCAAAUUGAUAAGUGAAAUGAAACAAUUAACAUUACUUAAUAUUGGAACCAAUGAAAUUGGUGAUGAGGGAGCCAUAAUGAUAAGUGAAAUGAAACAAUUAACAUUUCUUGAUAUUGGUGGCAAUCAAAUUAGUGAUGAAGGAGCCAGGUCAAUAAGUAAAAUGAGGCAAUUAACAUUUCUUGAUAUUUAUGGCAAUGGAAUUGGUGAUAAAGGAGCCAAAUCAAUAAGUGAAAUGCAACAAUUAACAUUACUUAAUAUUGGUGGCAAUCAAAUUGGUGAUGAAGGAGCCAAAUUGAUAAGUCAAAUGAAACAAUUAACAUUUCUUGAUAUUUAUUGCAAUGAAAUUGAUGUAGAAGGAGCCAAAUGCAUAAGUGAAAUGCAACAAUUAACAUCACUUAAUAUUGGUAGCAAUGAAAUUGGUGUAGAAGGAGUCAAGUUCUUAAGUGAAAUGCAACAAUUAACAUCACUUAAUAUUGGUGAAAAUCUAAUUGGUGAUGAAGGAGCCAAAUUGAUAAGUCAAAUGAAACAAUUAACAUUUCUUGAUAUUUAUUGCAAUGAAAUUGGUGUAGAAGGAGCCAAAUCAAUUAGCGAAAUGCAACAAUUAACAUCACUUAAUAUUGGUGAAAAUGGAAUUGGUGAUGAAGGAGCCAAAUUGAUAAGUGAAAUGAAACAAUUAACAUUUCUUGAUAUUUAUUGCAAUGAAAUUGGUGUUGAGGGAGCCAAAUACAUAAGUGAAAUGAAACAAUUAACAUCACUUAAUAUAUCUAACAAUCAAAUUGGUGUAUGA